ACUUAAAUGACGGACUGACACGAAUAAUUUAUGUAUUUUUUUUGCUUCCAAAUAAUGAAAAGCUUUGGAUUGUGAAUGCGAUUUUUUGGCUUCUGUUUGUGGAGAAAUAAAGUUAAUAUAGUGGUUUAAUAUGCUAACCACAUUAAAAAUAGUUUAUGAAUGAGUGAUACCGGUAGCGACACAGAGGCGACCGAGCACACUGCACUCAUGGAUGGCCACAUUGCCGAAGCCCGUCCCGAUCGCGAAGUCGCUGAUCGGAUUGCGAGGAAGCGCAAAACACCAAAGCCCGACACGCAGCGGAAUUAUGGUAGUGUGGAGCCAUCAGAAGGAAUGUCAAGUGCAGUGGGCAGCUCAGGUCAGAACCCUCCAGAGCAACCGACAGAACCUCAAAUAGAGGAGCUAGAGCUCAAAUAUGGAGCUAGGCACGUCAUUAAACUAUUUGUGCCUGUCACCUUGUGUAUGAUUGUCGUAGUUGCCACCAUCUCUUCAAUCAGCUUCUAUUCUGUCAAAGAUGUGUACUUAGCCUACACUCCAUUUCAUGAAGAAAGUCCAUACGCAGUGACUAAAGUGUGGAAUGCUUUAGCCAAUUCCAUGAUCUUGUUGUGUGUGAUAGCUCUGAUGACUGUCCUGCUCAUAGUGCUGUACAAGAAGAGAUGUUACAAAGUAAUACACGGAUGGCUCAUCCUAUCCUCCCUGAUGUUGUUGUUCCUGUUCUCAUACUUGUAUAUAGAAGAGGCUUUAAGAGCAUACAACAUACCUAUGGACUACAUAACAUUGUACUUUGUGAUGUGGAACUUUGGUGUGAUGGGCAUGAUAGUGAUCCACUGGAAGGGGCCACUGCUCCUACAGCAGGCGUACCUCAUAUUUAUUGCCGCGCUGAUGGCCCUGGUGUUCAUCAAGUACCUGCCAGAGUGGACCACUUGGGCUGUGCUUGCUGUUAUUUCAAUAUGGGAUUUGAUAGCAGUGCUAACACCAAAGGGGCCACUGAGAAUAUUAGUGGAAACAGCCCAAGAGAGGAAUGAACCAAUAUUUCCUGCCUUAAUUUAUUCAUCGACGGUGAUGUACUGCGUGGCGGCAGCGGGCGCUGGCGGAGGCAGCGGGGGCGGCGGCGGGGGCAGCGGAGCGGGUAGUGGGGGUGGGGGGGACGGCGAGCCGCGGCCGCGGGAGCUGCGCCCUCUCAACCCGCGAGACGCCGGAGUCGGAUCCCGCGCACCCCGUGAGAGUCGGCCACGCGAGCCUGCGGCGCGACCGAGCGAGGGCGAUGGCGGGUUCGACGAGGCUUGGCAGUCGCGCGCCAGCGGCGGCGCGGCUCCGAGGCGCCUGCGCGUGGAGGGCGACGGGUCGGCGCCCGCGCACUACGUCACGCGCGUCGAGCGCCCGCAGCCGCCGCCGCAGGAGUUGGAGGAGGAGAAGGGUGUCAAGCUAGGUUUGGGAGACUUCAUCUUCUACAGCGUGCUAGUCGGUAAAGCGAGUUCGUACGGAGACUGGAACACCACACUUGCCUGUUUCGUAGCAAUACUUAUUGGUCUGUGCCUGACGCUGCUGCUGCUCGCGAUCUUCAAGAAGGCGCUGCCCGCGCUGCCCAUCUCCAUCACGUUCGGGCUCAUCUUCUACUUCGCCACGCGCUGGGUCGUCAAACCCUUCGCGGACGCGCUCUCCGCCGACCAAGUCUUCAUUUAGUACCUCGAUGUGGAACACUAGAUUGCUACGCGCUAGCCACGCCGCGAACUAGUGUUGCAAAACAAUCUAUAGUUUGACUAUCGACAGCUGACCUCGAAAACUAUUUAGGAUAUCGAUAGUAGCGCUUUACAAGCAAUACUACUUGAUAAAGGCAAUACUAUUGAUACUAUCGAUAAAUCUACGUUCAAGAAAAUCUGCCUAUAAUUGCAAAAAAAAAAUCGUUAGUAUUGCCUUCAUAAUAGCAUUGCUUGUAAAGCGAUAUCGAUAGUAUUGCCACGUGGCAAUUCUAUCGAUAUCGAUAGAAUUGCCACGUGGCCAUUGCACGAUGUUUUUCCUUAACUAUCGAUAAAACGAGUGUCGUGCCGUAUCAACGCAGCUGUAGCUUUUAACCAGUGGUGUGCAGGUCAAAGAGGCAUAAAAGCACUGCUUACUCAAGUUGUAAUAACUUAUAGCUUAUUUUUCAUCAUGAUCUGCCGAUAAAUAGGUUGACAUCUAUGACUACCCUAGCGUCAAAUCGAAAAGUUCACGAAUAAAGGCGCAAACACAUUACCGUGUUGCCGAGUGUUGCAACAUUACUGAAGCGCAACUUCAGCCACAACAAACACAUUUUAAUGUAAAGUGCAUGGCUUUAGUAGCUUUCUGUUGGGGUCACAACACUUCACAACACGGCGCUACUUCACAGUAUGUUGACGCCACAGAAUAAAUAAAUUAUUCAUACCAUGUCAUUGUGUCAACAUGUAAGAUAAUUAUGUCAAUAUUAUUAAUCAGCUGAUAAAAACAUAAUUGGACUGAAAAUGUUUCCUUAGGUUAAAGUUAUGAACUAAACGAGGCAAUGUAGAUAUUAUUAUUGUAUGAUUAUAGUUAUACGAGAAACAUAGUAAAAUUGUAAUGCAAUAACGGUUGACAGUAAUUGACAACAAUAAAACUUAAUAUUUGCUAGCGUGUACAAUGUACAUACGUAACAAUAUGUAGAUAGUUCCCACCCGUUGUAGAUAUUGUGCUGAAAAUAAUGGAGGGUAAUGCCUUUAAAAAAUGAAUGAGUUGUCUAUGGCCGCGCCCACACCAAUAUAAAAAUUUGUACCGUUUGUUGAAUGCUGCACCGUUGUAGAUAUUUUCGUCGCAAAUUUAAAUCUUUUGUCCAUGAUAAGACGUCCACAAAUUGGUGCUGACCAAUGAUAUUAUACUUCAUUAUAUGUUAAAGAAGUACAUAAAUUGAAUACGUGUCUAAAGGGAAGAUUUCAAACUGCGAUACGGUCACAUUUGUAGAGCGCUAUCUCUUCUACUCUUGUGUCUUUUGAAUCUUCUGCCUUACUCAUCACAGAGCACGAGUUUUAUACGUAAUAUAUCUUAUAGUAUAAUGUCAUUGGUGCCGUCGUUAUUAGUGUGUAUGCGGCUUAAAGAGACAUUGUGUUGCUUUUUGACGAAAUAACGUAUCUAGUCGCCAUAUUUCCAACAUGAUAUGGAAUGCUAGGUCGUCUGAACUUCAUGCGCUUAAUGAAUCCACUUUGGUAGUCCUACAAUAAUGUUUGUUUUUUUGUAAAGGAAAAAAAAGCCCUUAUUGUGGCUUAUUACGUUGUGCACAAUCUGUAAACUAAAAUGACAGGUCUUAAUGAAAUGCUAUAUAAUAAUGGUCCCUGUGGGAAAUUGCGUCGCGUCACUCCACAACACAACACAGAAAUAUAAACGCCAUGAGAUAAGACAAAUCAGUCAUACUUUAUUAUUGUGUCGAGAUGUAAGCCCUAAUUCAUAUGAGCGUUAUAAAAGCGUAGCGUUAAAACCCGGCGUUGGCGGGUAUAUUAACGUUGUACGCAUUAAAAAAGCGUUGUCGUGUGAACAGAUACUUGGGAAUGCAUUAGUUCUAUUUGAACGCUUUUUUAACGGAUUUUUUAAAUAAAGCUCUCGUAUAAAUGAGGCAUAAGACGUGAAUAGAUUCAAACCUGUCAAUUUGGUUUAGAGGUACAAUAGAAAUAGCCACAAUGAAGGAGAACAAUUCGUUCAAAUAGUACGUUAUCACGUCAAAAAGUUUUGUUGGUUGCAUUUGGUAUUUGGAAUGAGACCUGGAGAUAGUGAUUAGCUAGAUGAAAUUUACAAGUUUCUGUACCUAACUAAAUUAAAAAAAAUAUCAAAUAAAGGAUAAAAUAUUAUUAUUACGUAAGUGGUACACGUUAAGAAAUUGUAAAGUUUUCUACAGUGUAGAAAUUCCUGAAAAAUAUGGCUUAAUGUUUUUUUAGGACAUCGCUGCUUGUGCUCUUUCAACUUCGUGUUUAGUUGCUGUUUGUAUUUAUUUUAUUAAAUUAAAUUGUUGACAUUCCAAAAAGCCAUUGUGGCUAAUGCUGGCUAUACACGAUCAAAUCGCUAUCAGUUAUAGACUGUACCGCCGCUUCAAACUUUUUUUUUUAAAUUGGCUUAAUUGGAGGGGAAAGGGGAGUAUUUUAUCCUGAUUUUAUCAUGUUUACCAUUGCUAAUAUUCUAUACAAAAAAAAAAAAGAAUAUUAGCCAUGCUAAUUAUGACUAAUACUCCCCUUCUCUCUCAAAUUAAGCGUAAAGCUUGUGUCAGGAGUGGGUACGACAAUAGUGCAACGGGUGGGGUUUGAACCGCCAACCUUUCGGAAUUCAGUCCGCUCCUCAACCGUUGAGCUAUCGAACCUCUAAUAAUAAUAACAACUUGACGGUAAACUUGAUCGUGUUCUUCCUGCGUAGUUCCAAUUUUGAGGAUGGUGGCUCCCCUUAGAUGCAAUCUUUGCUAGGAUGUUCCUCCAUUGCUCCCUAAUUCUUGCCGCGUGGAUAGCAUCGCAGAUAUGUCGACCGCGUCUUAUUUGGUCUGACCAAACGUCUUGGGCUACGUCUUGAUCGUGUAUGGGCAGCGUAAUAAUUCUGCUGUGCACAAUCUCUUAACUUAUUAUUGCAAUUCUUAAUCUACUAUCUUUUUCCACAGAAAGCAUUAUGAAAGAAAUAUCUCUCUAAUGCCUAUUACGAUAUUGUGUACAGCAGAAUUGGCCACAAUUUAUAGUUAAUUUAUCAUACUUUGUUUUAUUUUAAAGUACCUAAUCUUCAGUGUGUUUAGUAUAAUAACUUGUCUUUAUACAAAGGUUUCUUUUGUAAUUUGAUUGCCUACUUUGUAAUUUGUUUAAGAAAUACAACUUACGAUUAAAA